AGGCCCGAGGGGCUGCCCCCCGCCCAGCUCGGGCGCGGGGCGCGGGCGCGGAGCGCGCGGGGGGCAUGGCGGCCUGCUGCAGGGCCGGCUGCUUUUCGGAGGAUUCCGAGGCGGAGUCAAUCUCGGUCGAGGGCCCCCAGGACCAGGACGACGUGGAACCCGGGGACCAGGCCAAUCCAGCGAGGUGCGUGCCCGCGGCCCCGCUGGCGGCCCGCGCCCAGCCGCCAGGCGCCUGGGCGGCGCCGGCCCUGGCCUCCCGCGCCCCCGCGCCGCCGAGAGCCUCCCCGCAGCACGGGAGAGAGGCCUCCAGGAGGGCGCCGCCCGCAUCGCCUGCGCUGCCCCCGCGGCUGGCGGAGAGGCCAGCGGCCGCCCCGGCGCCCCAGUGCGCGGCCGCGGCGGCAGCGUUCCAGGUGGAGACCCGGCACCCCCACCCUCCCAGCGCCGCCGCGGGGGCCGCCGCCGCCGCCGCCGAGCCCACGGCGCCGGUAGCCGCGGAGGGCCCCGCCACGUCGGGCCCGCGCUGGGGGGGAUAUCCUCCUCUUUUGCCGCCGCCGAGCUGACGACG